UUUCCUUAUAGUCUUCCGACAGGAAAAUCGGCGUUACGGUCAGUGAGAGUCUUCAGUUCCUGUCGGGGUCAGCCUCGCUUGAGGCGGAGAAGCUUCUUCGUGGGCAGGGGCCGCGAGGCCGGAGGGCGGCGCCCUCGCUUGCGCCAUGGCCCGAAAUGCGGAAAAAGCCAUGACGGCCUUAGCAAGAUUUCGUCAAGCUCAACUGGAAGAAGGAAAAGUGAAGGAACGAAGACCUUUCCUCGCUUCGGAGUGUACUGAGCUACCCAAAGCUGAGAAAUGGAGACGGCAGAUCAUUGGCGAGAUCUCUAAAAAGGUGGCUCAAAUACAGAAUGCUGGUUUAGGUGAAUUCCGAAUUCGUGACCUGAAUGAUGAAAUUAACAAACUGCUAAGAGAGAAAGGACACUGGGAGGUCCGGAUAAAGGAGCUCGGUGGUCCUGACUAUGGAAAAGUUGGCCCUAAAAUGCUGGAUCAUGAAGGGAAGGAAGUCCCAGGAAAUCGAGGUUACAAGUACUUUGGAGCAGCGAAAGAUUUGCCUGGUGUUAGAGAGCUGUUCGAAAAAGAACCUCUUCCUCCUCCAAGAAAGACACGCGCUGAGCUCAUGAAGGCCAUUGAUUUUGAAUACUACGGUUACCUAGAUGAAGAUGAUGGUGUUAUCGUGCCUUUGGAACAGGAAUAUGAGAAGAAACUCAGAGCUGAAUUAGCGGAAAAGUGGAAAGCAGAGAGAGAGGCCCGGCUGGCAAGAGGAGAAAAGGAAGAGGAGGAAGAAGAGGAGGAAGAGAUCAACAUUUAUGCUGUCACGGAGGAGGAGUCCGAUGAGGAAGGCAGCCAGGAGAAAGGAGGGGAAGAUGGGCAGCAGAAGUUCAUCGCUCACGUCCCAGUGCCGUCACAGCAAGAGAUCGAGGAGGAGCUUGUGCGAAGGAAGAAGAUGGAACUCCUCCGGAAGUAUGCAAGUGCCACACUGCAGGCCCAAAGCGAAGAGGCCAAGAAACUCCUGGGAUAUUAGGCCUGAGCUGGGAUCCUCCUUGGGUCUGGAAUUCUGCUGGGAGUUCUUUACCCCCACUGCCCUUUAGUUAAUUCAUAGGGCUCUGUUCUCUCGGGAGGGCAGAAGGGGAUCAAUUAGAGACCAACAUUUUAAAAAUGCAGUUUUUUCUAAAAAGAAUUAUUUGUAACUCCUCUGGAAUAUUGAGGAGAUACAUCAUCCCUGAGCCCAAGCCCACGUGUCAGUAGGCAGCCAGUGAUGUCCCUGUGGGCUGGCACCGCUCGCGGUUCUCCAAGGCCCUGCUCGGCCUGCCUGACUCCCUCCUGCCCAGGUGGCAGGAAUUUGAGUCUGCCACUCCUGUUGAUGACCAGUUCUAGGAGAGCUAUUUUUAUUAAAGAUUUUUAUAUGAAAGGGGAGCCUCCGUGUCUGCAGCUUGUUUCCA